AUGCAUAUCAUCGAGUACCCGGUAAUUAUUUAUCUUUUUAUUUAAGACAAAUAGAGAAAAAAAUGAUGGGAGAAAAAUUAUUCAUUCUAUUUAUAUUUAUAUUUUUAAAGUAAUUGGGUUCAUAAAGUCCACAAUCGAAAUGAAAGAAAGUUUUUAAAAAAAUACCCCUAAAAAGAAAAACUGAAUUAAUUUGUAGGCCCUGCCGUUCGCGACGCCCAUCUACAACUUGAAUCACGACGCCGUCGUUCAUGUCCAUGCUGAGCCCGUUCCUGGACCUACAAAGUACCUAUUUAUGCAAUAUUUCAAGAAAAAAACAAGUCAAAAAAAGAUAAAAAAAAUUUUUUUGAAUAACUGUCGUGAAAGAGGUGCCUUCUGUGCAUGCACCGCGACGCAAACACAGUCAAGACGCUUUUACGCAAAUUUUUGAUGACAAUUUUUCUAAUCGGUUUUUUUUUUCUUUUUUUAAUGGUUUACUUUUCAAUCAAACGCGUGAUUAAGCUUUUAAAAGCGUAGGGUGAAGCUUUAUGUAUCAUAUAAGGAUUUUUUGCUGCAUUUCAACGUUGAAAUAGCAAAAAAAAAUAUUUAAUCCACUUUUUUUAAAUUUUUCUCGACCGCCUCGUGCUUUUGAAAGCAACUUUUUUUAGUAAUUGAUAUUCUAAUUUUGUUUUCUGUCUUUCUAGAAAAAGUGAAUAUAAGUAUAUAAAUUGGAAAAGGAUGAAUUUUCAUUCGGAAAUGUUCUUUCGAAAAAGUUUUUCAAAGUUGAUUUCACGGUUUUCUAUUUGCAAGCUAAAAGAAAAAUGUAUAUCAGUUGCCUUUUUCAUUCUUUUCAAUUUCAGCGGAUUUGUCGUGGAGUUCCCAUCCAAUGAAGGAAUCGCUUUCCAUUUCAACGUUCGUAUGGGAAAUUGCGGCGAGAGGACGGUCGUCUUCAACAAUUUCAAGCACGGACAGUGAGUGAAACUUUUUACAAAACUGUCUCAAAUUAAUUUGCUUUUUUUUAGCUGGAAACACGAGGAACGCCACCACAAUCACUUCCACUUUGGCCAAUAUUUCCAUCUCAAGAUCAGCAAUCAUCAUCGUCACUUUUCGGUAAGAUUCGAAAAAGAUUGAUUUUUCAGGGUUUUGAACAAAGAACUCAGUGUUUUUCGAUUUGAAACUUCAAAAAUCACUCCGGAUUUCCUAAAUUUCGAAGUUUUUUGUUCGAUUCUCAGGCCCUUGGCUCGAGCCAUCUGAACAAGGGUCUUGACACGACAAAAAAGGAAAUAGCGCCUGAUUGGUGGAGAGCGCAGCCGGGAGGCCACGCCGCUCAGCCGUAAAUAGCUGAUUUACGGCCACUACUUGUAAAAUUGCUUUUUGAAAUUUACAGUUAAAAAUUUGAAGCUCGAAGGUCUAGUAAAAAUUUCCCGUAAACUGGAGUAAAUAUUUUUUUUUUCUCAAUCCGAGAUGACUUUUCUCAAUAUUCCAGGUUCACGUGAACGGUCACCACUUGGGACACUUCCAUCAUCGGGAAUCCCCCCAUCAUAUCCAUCAAUUGGCGGUUCGGGGAGACUUGCGGGUUCACAAGAUCCAUUUCGAGAACUUUGACUUCCACAAUGGCGGUGGUUAGUUUUCUCAAUAGUCAAGGAUAAUUUUAAGGCCUAAUAUUCCGCUUUUUCAUAUAGGUAAAGUCGGAAAAUAAAGUAAAGUCGGAAAGGGUGGAAAAAGGUUCCAUAUAAAUGUUCCUUUUUUGCUGCCUUUUUGCGCCAUUUCAUCGGCCUUUAUGCACCAUUUUUGCUGCCUCUCCCUUUUUCUACCAUUUCUUGAUCUCAGAAAAAAUGGAAGGCUCGAUAGAGGGACCUUUUUUGCUGCCUUUUCGAAGCCUUUUUUUCUGCCUUUCUGCGGCCUUUUUGCUGCCUUUUUGGAGCCUUUUUGCGGCCUUUUUGGAGCCUUUUUUCUGCCUUUCUGCGGCCUUUUUGGAGCCUUUUUUCUGCCUUUCUGCGGCCUUUUUUCUGCCUUUCUGCGGCCUUUUUGGAGCCUUUCUGCGGCCUUUUUCGAGUCUUUUUCUCUUAGCGACCAUUAUCCACCAUUCCCCCUUUACCCGAGCAUUGGCUUAUGAAGUUUAGAAAGCAAAAACCAAUAUUGUUAUAUACAAUUCAAUACAAUUUUGUUUUCAAACCUUGGAAAAUUUCAUAAUUUCCUUCAAAAAAAUUUUUGAAUUUCAACGAAAAAAAUGGAACUUUUUCCCCUAUUCCUGUGCACCAAAUUCCGUUCGUAGACCAAUUUUACGGCCAUUCUUAUCACUCUUGUCUCUAAAGAGUGAUAAAAAAAAGAUAAAUCUUAUCAGAAGUGAUGAAAUUUUCCCUGAAUGAGCCUCAAAUUUGGGUUGAGGCAAGGAAAAGGUUCAAAAAGGAACUGAAAAAACGUUUUUUUGAUGAAAACGUUCUUUCCGACAAUAUUUCUGUUCAUUUAAGGUUAUUGCAAAAUGACAAUUUUUAAAAUUUCUUACUGAAAAGCUUGAAAAGUGAUCACUAAAGGGGAUACUUUUCCUUGAAAAAGUCGUAAGGAAAUUUUAAAAAAGUUCAAAAAAGCUAAGUGGUCACUUGAGGCCUUUUUGAAAUUUUUCAAGCUAUCACUUAAGCGAUUCAAUCACUGAUUUCUGACUUUUUUGAAACUACCGAUUUUCCGGGAACAAAAAAUCGAUUCCAGGAAUCCAAAUCGGCGGCGGGGCGGGAAUGCCUGUACCAAUGGGAGUCGUGCCAACUCCGAUCGCCGUGGCGCCGACGCCAGUCAUGGCCUACCCGACGCCGGCUCCACCGCCACCGGUCGUCUUCGCGCCGCCUCCGGUCGUUCAGCCGGCGCCGGUGAUCUACGCCCCGCCGGUGGUUCAACAACCGCAGGUCGUGAUCAUCGAGGAGGAGCAUCACCGGCACCGACGUCACCACCACCAUCACGGCCUUCUUCAUCACCUUUUCGAUUAA